AUGGCAGCGACCCGUACUCUGGAGGCUCGCUUCGAGCGCAUGUCGGUGCUGGAAGAGCAUGACUCUGGGUACUCAAAGACAAAGGUCACAUCGACUACGACACAGCUGCCGCAAGGAAGCAGUCGGACAAACCUGUUCAAGGUUGCCUUGCAAUCACACGCCGCCGGCAACCCCGUCUCUGCCUCGGUGACUCUACCAUCACAAGCCAUCAACCGCAAGCUUGUGCAGCACCAGCAACUACACCACGCCGGUCCGCAGUCCCCUCCCGCCGUGACCCGAAAGGCGCUCCCGUCCUCGUCCUCGUCCGCCCGCCACUCGGAAGAUUCCUCUGCGGGCACAGCCGAAGACAAGGCGGCGGCGAUGCUCAUCGCGCACCAGCCCAUGCUGCCGAAGCAGUUCCACCUCGGCAUGUUUGAGAUUGGCCGGCCGCUGGGCAAGGGCAAGUUUGGACGGGUGUACCUGGGCCGCGAGCGCACGAGCGGCUUCAUCUGCGCGCUCAAGGUGCUGCACAAGAACGAGCUGCGGCACGGCGGCGUGGAGCGCCAGGUGCGCCGCGAGAUUGAGAUCCAGAGCAACCUGCGGCACCCCAACGUGCUGCAGAUGUACGGCCACUUCCACGACAGCAAGCGCGUCUUCCUGAUCCUCGAGUUUGCCGGCAAGGGCGAGCUGUACAAGCACCUGCGCAAGGAGAACCGCUUCCCCGAGUGGAAGGCCGCGCAGUACAUUGCGCAGAUGACGUCGGCGCUGCGCUACCUGCACCGCAAGCACGUCAUCCACAGGGACAUCAAGCCCGAGAACAUCCUCGUCGGCAUCCACGGCGAGCUCAAGAUUUCGGACUUUGGCUGGAGCGUGCACGCGCCCAACAACCGCCGCAAGACCAUGUGCGGCACCCUCGACUACCUGCCGCCCGAGAUGCUUCGCCCGGGCCAGACGGACAACUUUUACAACGAAAAGGUGGACCUCUGGAGUUUGGGUGUCUUGACGUAUGAAUUCCUCGUCGGUGAGGCGCCGUUUGAGGAUACACCGACCAUGACACAGAGGAGGAUCGCCAGGGCAGACAUGUCGGUGCCGUCGUUUGUGAGCCCCGAGGCUGCAGACUUGAUCAAAAAGCUCCUCGUUCUAGACCCGGAGAAGCGUAUUCCGCUCGACCAGAUCCCAAUGCACCCUUGGAUAGUGAAACACUGCGUCAAGGGCGAGCGGGUUGCCAAUAGAGAAAGGUCGUUCAAGUGA